AGGAAGUGCAUCUUUGUCUGCCCCAUGUGUUUCUUUACAUUAAUCACAGCCUAACAGGACUUAUUUAACAGUUUAUUUCCAGGCACAUAUUCAUAGCUGCCUUGCGUAUUUUCCACGUGGAUAACUUCUGCGAGGAAAGGGCAGCACCGACAGUCCGCCCGUGUCUUCUGAAUGAAAGGCGCCGUAAACAGCAGCAUGGUGAAGGAGAACAAAUGGGAUAUUCCUCCAAACGCGCCCGCGUGCAUGGAGAAGCAUCUGUGCGCGGCCCGGUACAGAGCAGAUGGAGCCUUGCUGCUUGCCGCUUCCAGUCUCACGGGCAGAAACUGGCAGGGCUCUGUUUGGGUCUACAGUAACCCAGAGCAGGCCCCCAACGAGGGCUUCUGUAAAGCAGGAGUGCAGACUGAGGCUGGGAUCACAGAUGUCAAGUGGCUGUCAGACAAAGAUAUAGUCCUUGCAUCUGACUCUGGUGCCUUAGAGCUGUGGGAGCUGACUGAGAAUGAGUCUUUGCUGGUAAACAGAUGGACCAAAUAUGAACAUGACAACAUAGUGACUAGUGUGAGCCCCAUGAGUGGAGCUAGUGGCGCUGUUACUGGCAGCAUGGACUAUAGAGUUAAAGUCUGGGACCUUAGUCAGGAGACUGUCGUUACUACCUAUCAUGCUCACACAGAGCCUGUAAAUUGUGUUGUGUGCAGUCCUACAGACGAUUCCCUGUUUGUGUCAUGUGGACAAGAUGGCCGUGUGUUGUUGUGGGACAAAAGAAAGUCAACUAAACCAGCCUCAAGAAUAGAUGUGCCAAGUCCCCUCUGCUCCCCAAGUACUGUAGCGUGGCAUCCACAUCACAGAAACACUAUAGCAAUUGGCGAUGAAUUGGGCAGAGUAACUAUAAAAGAUCUCCAGGGGGCGGAGCCAUCUCAGAUGCAGAAUGUCCACAGCCGCAGAGUGAAUGAACUCGCCUUCUCUACACAUAGCUCUGCUUUGCUGGCUUCAAUAAGCAAUGACUGUUCCGUAGCUGUGAUAAACUCUGAACUGAAGGAAAUAUAUCGAGACCGGCGACACCAGGACUUCGUGAAGGGCGUGAGUUGGCUACAUGGAGGCUCUAACUCUCUGACCUCUGUCGGCUGGGACCAUGCUGUUCUGCACCACACUGUUGCUUCUGCUCCUAACUCCAACUCUUAGAUUCCAAAUACAUAAUCAUAGACAAUGUGGAAAUAGCUGCUAAAAACAACACAUUUUUGAUAUUUUAUUUGCAGCUUUGAGUUGGAUCAUUCUGUAUUUUACUGAAGGAUUUCUAAAGCAAACGUAAAGUACUUAUCUUAAAUACGGUUUCAAACCCUGUUGCUAUUAAGUCAUUGUGUGUUUUCAAUUUGGUCAUGUGGAUUGUUAUGGUUAAACUGCAUUAAAAGUGCUGU